AUGAUGCAGAUGACAACUUACACAAGUUAUGUUGAAUACAUUUCCAAGCAGGUAAGAUGUCUUGCUUCACAGCUGUCUGAUGAAGCAGAAGAGCUUGUGAAGGUGGCCAAUGAAAUUGAGCAAGGACAACGAAGCUACUUCAAUAUCUUCCGCUCUAAAGCAGCACUGAAAGAGGCUGAAAAACCAUCUCCUUAUUGGAAGCAGAGGCUCUCCAAUCGAGCAUUAGUUUCCCAGAAUGGUGUGAUGUCCCGAACAAAGCAUUUAAUCCAGAAAUUGUGUGAAGCCCCCACAAACUCUGUGAAGUUGAGGAGGGGGGAAGAAUUGUGCCAUCAUCUCCUUCAGUUUCCUGAGGCACGCUCAGUUGCCAUAAAGAAUGGUGGUGAAGGGAAGUUGUGCAGAAUAAUUCAGCUGACUAGAGAUGAAGAAGUGGUCCUUGUAUUAAGAAAAUGUCUCUUGCUCCUUGGUCAUUCACAUCCGACUCGAGGAAAUGGGAUUCGAAUUCUCUCCAUUGAUGGAGGCGGCCUUCGGGGUCUAGUUGCCUUGGAGGCAUUGAAGCGCAUGGAAGAGAAGACAGGAAAACGGACUUAUGAACUAUUUGAUCUCAUCUGUGGUGUGAGUGUUGGAAGCAUCUUGGCCAUUCUCUUGGGGGCCCUAAAGAAGAGUACAGAGGAAGCAGAAAGGAUCUUGAAGGGUGUUGGACGCGAGGUAUUCCAACCCUGGUCCUGGAAGUCGACUGGAAGUGUGCUUUGGAAUCACAGCCUUUAUAAUACUAAGGUCUGGGAUCAGCUUCUUCAGAGAGAACUUGGUGAUGUCAAUCUCAUCGACACAGCUGCAGAUCCAUUUGUUCCUAAGGUGGCAUUGGUAUCAGCUGUGGUGAACAUGGGGAAGUUGAAGUCAUUUGUGUUCCGCAACUACAUGCCCCCACAUCGUGCACAGAGCCGAUACAUGGGGAGCUGCAGUGUACGUUUGUGGGAGGCUUGUCGGGCAUCUGCAGCUGCUCCAGGGUACUUUGAAGAGUUCACUCUAGGUGAUCUCAUUCAUCAGGAUGGAGGUAUUCUUAUGAACAAUCCAUGUGGGAUAGCUUUGCACGAAGCACGCCUCCUUUGGCCUAAUUCUCCUCUGGAGUGUGUAGUUUCGUUAGGAACAGGCAAGAGCCAGUCACAUGAUAAUACCCUUCCCUCUCCCUCACCUACUUCCAUCAAGAGGAAACUCCUCCUUGUGUUGGACUCUGCUGCCGACACAGAAGGUGUUCAUGUUAUGCUGCAGGAUCUCAUCCCAGGUCACAUCUACUUUCGCUUAAACCCAUAUCUGAGAGAGUUGGUGGACCUAGAUGAGACAAGUGAAGAGAAGUUCCUCCAGAUGCAGGAGGACACAAUCAUGUACCUGAGACGCAAUGAUCACCUCCUCGAAAGAGCUGCUGCCAUAUUACUGCGGGAGAAGUCCGUCUCCACCCGCUUACAUGACUGGCUCCUUCUUCAACGCCUCAUUCUGACAAAAACAUGAUUGGAAUCUUAUAAGAGUGAGAGAGAAAGAGGAAAACCACUCCCCAGUGAUAUGUUCCUAGUCUGCAAAAGGGUGGAUUCUCAUUGAAUAACCCAUGUGAUGGCCAACUUGACCCUGAAUAACCCAUGUGGUGGCCAACUUGACCCUGAAUAACCCAUGUGGUGGCCAACUUGACCCUGAAUAACCCAUGUGGUGGCCAACUUGACCCU